AAACGUUCUCGCAACAAUCAUCGAACAAUAUCUCCACAGUGUUUGCGGCAUCUAUUUUGCCGUUACAGCACCGCUUUGUGGCAGUGGCUGGACUGUUCAAGCACAAUAUCAUGCCGCACUGGAACUCUAACCUCCCGACGCAUUGGCGGAACAAGACCUGCGACUGGAAAGUCACGGGUCAGCGCAUCGCGUGUCGCACGACUGAGAUGCUGAUUUAAGUGCAGAAGGGCUGCCUUUUGCGGUUCAAUACAUCAUCCAACUUCCCUUCGAUACCCCAGGCACCUGCUAAUUACGUUCUCGAGCCGGACUCGCAAUACUUUUUACGAACUUUCACGAUUGUAAUACGUUGUCUUAAUCAAUACACCCAUCACACCACAAGUCAAUAUGCACUCCAAGAUCUUCGCCGCUGCCGUCCUGGCGUCCGCUCCCCUGGCUCUCGCGCAGUCUGGCAUGACAUCGAUGCCGUCAGCAACUUCCACUGCAUCAGGCGCCAAGGUCAUCACAAUGAUGUGGGAUAACGAGGCCACAGCCGCCGCAGCUGCAGCUAGCGGCUCUUCUAUGGCUGCUGGCAUGAGUGGCAUGUCCAUGGGCAUGUCCAUGUCCAUGUCCACCGGAAAGGUCAAGAGCGGCAUGAGCAUGGCUACCGCUACCGGUACGGCGAUGGCAGGCAUGAACAUGACAGGAUCUGCUGGAAGGAUGGAGAUGUCGUCUGGCGCCAUGGGUGUUGGCUGGGUCGUCGUCAGCAUUGGUGCUGGUGUUGGAUUCCUCGCAGGCAUGUUGUAGGAUGCUGGAGCACGGGUACACGCAAGAGAUGCGUUGUUGAUAACAAGGGGGCUAGAAUGAUACAACUUAGGCCAACAUGAGGCACAGAUCAUAUGCCUCAGCCUCCGAGAGCUCUGGGAUCUGGUACAUAUCUCACAGAUGCUCCAGAAUAGCAACGAUACACGACAGACAAUAACGAAUCAAGGCACAAUUUCCUGAGAAGAGCAG